GGAAGCGCGGGUAAUGUUCCUGACAGCGGAGUGUUGCAGCUCACAGGAGAUUUAACGCAUUUACGGAUAGCAGGGAAGCAGAAUAAGGCGUUAUCAUGCAGCGAAGCAUAGCGUCUUUCUUUCAGCCCAUGAAGGCGAAGAGGAAGGAGGAGGAGAGCAGUGUCCCAGCAGAAGCCAGAACAGAACCCAUUAAGUCUCCACUCAAACCGCAAAAUGGAUUUCAAGAUUCCGAUUCGCCAGUCAAGAAAUGCGGUAAGCGCAGCCGGCCAAUCCUAGACAGCGAUGAGGAGGAUGCAGCCGGGAAAGAGCAGGUGGCUGAACAGGGUCCCGGAAAUGCAGCUCCGCCCCCACAGGACACGGGGGCGCCCAUCGCUGCUGCUUCUCCAGUUUCUCCAGCUGAUCUUGUUACUGUGGUUACCCCAUCAUCCGCCUCCCCACCCGGGAUCCCUAAGCGCAGGACUGCAAGGAAACAGUUCCCAAAGAGAAAGCUAGAAAAGACAGCCUGUCCUGAGGAGGAGGAGCAGCAAGAGAGGAAGAGGCCCAAGAUGGAUGGCAUCCCGGUGGUGACGGGUGAGGGGGAUUUCUGCCUGUUUGCUCCCGUCUUCUCUGUCGUCUCUCUCAGCACUCUUUAUUUUCUCUCGGGUGAAGGCGGCGACGAAGACAAGGAGGAGAGAGAGGAAGAGGCAGAGGAGGAGAGAGAGGAGGAGAGAAUAAAGGAAGAGAAGAGGGAGGAGCAUCAGGGAAUGGAUGCAGAGGAGGAGAGAGAGACAGAGGAGGGGGAAAAGGUGCAGUCGUCAAAGAAAAGCUUCAUCAGCAGCUUCUUCGCGCCUCGGAAAGUGGCAGUGAAGCUGGAGAAAGAGGAGGAGGAGAGAAGCAAAGUGAAGGAGGGAGAGAAAGAAGACAGACCCUCUGGGGAGAGAGAUAGGAUGAGCAGUGUGAAAGUGUCAGGUCUCGGCCAUGCUGCGUAUGACCCGUCCCAACCCAACUAUCACCCUGUGGAGCACGCCUGCUGGAGUCGGGGUCAGAGAGUCCCCUACCUGGCUGUGGCGCGUACCUUAGAGAAGAUAGAGGAGGAAUCAGGCAGACUGAAGAACAUCGAGACCCUGUCCAACCUGCUGCGCUCUGUGAUUGCCCUCUCUCCAGACGACCUGCUGUGCUGUGUGUACCUGUGUCUGAACCAGCUGGGCCCCGCCUACCUGGGGGUGGAGCUCGGUGUCGGAGAGACGGUACUGAUGCGGGCUGUUGCUCAGGCAACAGGGCGACAGCUGGACAAAAUCAAGGUGGAGGCUCAGGAGAAGGGGGAUUUGGGAUUGGUGGCUGAAAGUUCCCGUAGCAACCAGAGAAUGAUGUUUGCACCAGCCAGUCUGACAGCAGCGGGUGUGUUCAGCAAGCUGAAGGAGAUCGCCAAGAUGAGCGGCAAUGCUUCCAUGAAUAAGAAGAUUGACAUCAUUAAAGGCCUUUUUGUAGCCUGCAGACAUUCCGAAGCCAGAUACAUCGUCAGGUCUCUGGCUGGGAAGCUGCGGGUCGGACUGGCAGAGCAGAGUGUGCUGGCGGCUCUGAGUCAGGCUGUCUGUCUGACGCCUCCCGGACAAGAGUUCCCUCCCCCGGUGCUGGAUGCAGGAAAGAGCAGGAGUGUAGAGAGCAGAAAAGCCUGGAUAGAGGAGAACACCCUGAUCCUCAAACAGACCUACUGUGAGAUGCCCAACUAUGAUGUCAUCAUCCCAGUCCUGCUGAAGGAGGGUAUCGCAGAACUGCCCAAUCACUGCAGACUUACCCCAGGUGUUCCUCUGAAGCCCAUGCUGGCCCAACCCACUAAAGGUGUGUCAGAGGUGAUGAAGAGGUUUGAUGAGGCUGCCUUCACCUGCGAGUACAAAUAUGAUGGAGAGCGAGCCCAGAUCCAUAUUCUGGAGAACGGGGAAGUGCACAUCUUUAGUCGCAAUCAGGAGGACAACACCAGCAAGUACCCCGAUAUCAUCGCUCGCAUCCCCCAGGUAAAGAGGGCCUCUGUUCACUCCUGCAUCAUAGACUCUGAGGCGGUGGCCUGGGACAGAGAGAAGAGGCAGAUUCAGCCCUUCCAGGUUCUCACCACACGCAAGAGAAAGGAUGUGGACGCUUCUGAAAUCAAGGUGCAGGUGUGUGUGUAUGCCUUUGACCUGCUCUACCUAAAUGGAGAGUCUCUGGUCAGGCAGCCUCUGUCGCGACGCCGUGCCCUGCUGAAGGACAGCUUUGAGGAGCGGGAGGGAGAGUUUGUUUUUGCUCGGGCGCUGGACUCCAGCAACACCGACAUCAUCGCAGAGUUCCUGGACCAGUCUGUCCGAGACUCAUGUGAGGGGCUGAUGGUGAAAACUCUGGAGAAAGAUGCUACAUAUGAAAUCGCCAAGCGCUCUCACAACUGGCUAAAGCUGAAGAAGGACUACCUGGAGGGUGUUGGGGACACAGUGGACCUGUGUGUGAUCGGGGCGUACCUGGGGAAGGGGAAGAGGGCCGGGGCGUACGGGGGCUUCCUGCUGGCCUGUUACGAUGAGGAGAACGAGGAGUUCCAGUCCAUCUGCAAGAUUGGAACAGGCUUCAAGGAUGAAGAUUUGGAGCAACACUUCAACUUCUUUAAGGCCCAUGUCUUGCCCAAACCUCGCUCUUACUAUCGUGUGGACCAGUCGGCUGAGCCGGACGUGUGGCUGGAGGCGGUGCAGGUGUGGGAAGUGAAGUGUGCAGACCUGUCUCUCUCUCCAAUUUACAAGGCAGCCAUGGGAUUGGUGGACCCAGAGAAGGGUGUGUCUCUGCGCUUUCCUCGCUUCCUCAGGAUUAGGGAAGAUAAGAAGCCGGAGGACGCUACGACCGGCACGCAGGUCGCCGAUCUGUACAGCAAGCAGCAGCAGAUCCAGAACCAGGGCAGCGACAGACCCAGUCUGGAGGAUUAUUACUGAGCCAGAACCCCCUGCAGCUGCUGAGCUGUCUCCACCCCUCCACACGAUUGGCUGCUCAGAUCAGUGUGUUCAGCUUUAUGUGAGAACAGUCCUGUAGGCUUCUCCUCUGUAGUAGUUAUGAGGUUGUUUCUCUUUCUCCAGCAUCUCUUCCCACAAUGGAAGCCACUUUAAUCAUAAAUACUGCCGAAGUGCUCAAUAACCUUUUUCAAAAUUGUGUAAAUAUUUUUUUUAAAUUUCAG